ACAGUUGCUUUUGUAUUUCGCGACGCGGGCGUGUUUCCUGCAAGUUUUCGUAGGUGCAGUCAUCGUAUUAGAGCAGCAGUGAUGCGCUCUUUCAUCUACGUGAUAUUCCAUCCCCUACAGACUCUUAAUUUAUGGCUCGAAAACGACCCCAAAGCCAGCGUAUACGAAGUCCUCUAUCUUCUCACCGUUUUCUCGGCCUUUGGCAUCUGGUUAGUCUUCGACAGGUACCAGAAAGCGCACAACAGUGCCGUGCCAUUCAGGCACAAUGCGCCCGAGGCAGCCGACCCGGAAUGGGAGUCGCUACGGAUUCAUAACGCCAAUCUCAGGUCACAUCUCACCGAACCGGAGUUGUUGCCUCAUCACUUCAUGGGAGAGAGGGAUUAUAUCACGUGUUACGAUCCCGCGAACUCGUUGCACAUCAGAACCGUCAUCGCAGAUACCGACCGCGAAAUCCAUGCAAAGAUCAACAGAGCCCGUGAUGCGCAGGUUUCCUGGGCACAAACGACGUUUGCACAGCGACGCCGUGUCAUGCGUAGUCUUCUCAAAUGGCUUGUUGAAAAUCAGGAGGUGUGCGCACGGGUCGCGUGCCGUGAUACCGGAAAGACGCUUCUUGAUGCCGCCCUUGGAGAGAUUCUGACCACUUGUUCAAAACUGGAAUGGUUGAUCAAUCAUGGAGAACGUGCUCUACGACCCGAGACGAGAUAUUCCAACCUGCUUAUGAGCUAUAAGAAAUCCCAAGUCAUAUAUGAGCCCAAGGGCGUAGUCGCUGCUGUUGUAUCCUGGAACUAUCCUCUGCAUAAUGCAUGGUCACCGAUCCUCGCUGCGAUCUUUGCUGGCAACGCAAUCGUUCUCAAGUGUUCUGAGCAUGUAGUUUGGUCUACUGACUGGUUUGUUGGUGCCAUACACAAGGCUCUCGAAGUUUGCGGUCAUGACGCAGAUAUUGUUCAGACCGUCAGCUGCUGGCCAGAUCAAGCAGAAAUUCUGACCAGGUCUCCCAUGAUAAAGCAUAUAACCUUCAUAGGCUCUGAAGAGGUUGGUCGCAAGGUGGCUGUGGCUGCGACGGAACACCUUACUCCUGUCACCCUUGAGUUGGGUGGCAAGGAUCCUGCCAUUAUCCUUCCCGAUACCGAUCUCCAGAGAUGGGCAAGUGUCUGGAUGCGUGGAAUUUUCCAAAAUGCCGGGCAAAAUUGCAUAGGUUUCGAGCGUCUGAUUAUUCAUUCCGAUCAAUAUGAUGAGCUCUUUGAAAUCUUAACCGAGAGGGCUAAGAAAAUGCGCCUCGGAUCUGUACUGGCUCCUUCGAGGGAAGGUUACAUCAACACCGUGGAUUGUGGCUGUAUGAUCACAAAUGAUCGCUUCGACCUGCUGGAGCAGCUUAUUUUCGAGGCCCAUGAGGCUGGGGCUCAUAUGGAUGUCGGUGGCAAGCAGUACCAACAUCCUUCAUCCCAUGGCAAUACGUAUUUCUCUUGUACGGUUCUGGGCGACGUGGAUCCCAAAUCGCGUAUAGCCCAAAUGGAAUUGUUCGCGCCCGUUGCCUUGCUCAUCCGGUACGACGACAUCGAAGAAGCUAUCAACAUUGCAAACGGAACCCGCUAUGGUCUCGGUGCCAGCGUGUUUGGACCUCACCAAGACUUAUGCCUGGAAGUUGCACGAGAGUUGGAAUGUGGCAUGGUCUGUAUCAACGAUUUUGCGAUAUUUUAUCUCAACCAAGAUCUUCCGUUCGGUGGGACGAAAGCUAGUGGUUAUGGUCGGUUCGGUGGACCUGAAGGGCUGCGUUCCCUAACGAAUCCAAAAGCCAUUGUAAGCGACUGCUGGCCUUCUAUAAUGCAGACGGCCAUUCCGAAGGUCCUUGAUUACCCUGUGCGGUCGCUAGUGCGAAGCUGGGACUUCAUCAGCGGCCUUAUUAUUCUUUUAUAUGCCGAUAGCUAUCGCGCCCGAUUCAACGGCUUGGUGCAGUUGACGAAGGCACGGAAAUGAUACCAGACGGACGUUGCUUUCUGGUGGAUUGCUGGAUUGCUACCGAGAUGACGCACUUUUCAUUUACUUAUCGUAUUUUUCGCUAUCUUAGCUACGGAUGUAUU